AUGGAUUCCAAUGCUGAUGAAAGAGGCCAUCGAUAUCCUCAACGACGUGUUGAUACAAUUCAUGGCAAUACGACGAAUGACAAAGUAGAUAACAACUAUAUUGUCAAUCGUCGACAUAGUUUAGCUCAUAUUAACUUCCGGAAAGCGAUUGAUCGAAGUCUCUCAUUGCCAGACAUAACUGACGAACCUAAUCAUCUCCAACGACGUUAUUUGGAAUAUUUCAUUAAAUUUUUAUUUCUUUGUAUUAUGAUUGUUUCGAUCUGCAUAUUAAUUCGAUUACUUCGCUCGUUCUCGAAGACAUAA